AUGAAAGAAGCUGUUUAUGACAAAGACCUCCAGGUUGAGAUUCGCAAUGUUCCCAGGCCAAGUCCGGGACCUGGCCAGAUCCUCAUCCGGACCGUGGUAUCGGGAACGAACCCCAAGGACUGGAAGUAUCCCAAGUAUUGGGCGGCGCCUGAUACCCCAGCUUUCAACCACGGUGAUGAUGUCGCUGGCUAUGUAGAAGAUGUUGGCGAAGGUGUUAUUGGGUUUCACCCUGGCGACCGGGUUGCUGCCUUCCACGAAAUCGGUACUCCGAAUGGAAGUUUUGCCGAGUAUUGUAUCGCCCGGGCGCAGUCGACUUUUCAGCUGCCAGAAAGAACUUCUUUUGAAGAGGCUGCCACUAUUCCCCUUGCUGCAAUGACCGCCGCCCUCGGUCUCUUCCAGAAGCUCGGCCUUCCUCUCCCUUGGAAGCCUGCUACAACCCCGACGCCAUUGAUCGUCUAUGGCGGCGCAAGUGCUGUAGGAGCAUAUGCUAUUAAGUUGGCCACGCUCUCGAAUAUUCAUCCUAUUGUUAGCGUCGCUGGCAAUGGUAUCCCUUACGUUGAGUCACUGCUUGACAAGUCAAAAGGGGACACCGUUAUCGAUUAUCGGAAGGGUCAUGAUCAUGUCGUCGAAGAACUGCGCAAAGCUGCUGGAACUGAUGUCAUUUAUGCCUUUGACGCUGUAUCUGAGAAGGGCAGCGUUGGGAACCUCGGCAAAGUCCUAGCCGAAGGAGGCCGGAUUGCAACGGUACUAACCCCCGAAAUGGCCAAUGCUGCGAAGGAGGAUGCUGGAAAGGCUGAUAUACUGUUCACCCUAGUCGGUACAGUUCACGCAGAUGCUCCUCCAGGCGCGAAGUUUGGCGAUCGCGAGUUCGGGGCUGUCUUUUACCCAUUUCUUAGCCUGAGUCUCGCGGAGGGUUGGUUCAAGGGUCAUCCUUAUGAGGUGAUUGAGGGGGGGCUUGAUGGGUUGCAAAAGGCUAUAGGCUUAUUGCAAGAUGGUAAGCUUUCUGCAAAAAAGGCUGUUUUGCGAAUUGCUGAGACUUCGAGCAUUGUCAAGAGUUAG